AAGUAAAAUGUCAAAAUAGAAAAUGGCUGUCAAUUUGUAUAGUCAAGUAAACAAGGUAAACAUUAAGCUUUAUUGAGCAUUUAAUUAAAUUUAAAUCAUGAGCAGCCGCAACCCUAAUACAUUAAUGAGCGUCCCUGACGAACAAUUCGACUAUUUAUUUAAAAUAGUGCUCAUUGGUGACUGUGGAACUGGUAAAACAUGCAUUGUGCAACGGUUGAAGUCUGGUAAUUUUAUAGAAAGGCACGGUAAUACAAUAGGCGUAGACUUUUCUAUGAAAACAUUGAUAGUGGAUGGGAAGAAAGUCAAGCUUCAGAUAUGGGAUACGGCGGGGCAAGAGCGGUUCAGAACAAUCACUCAGAGUUACUACCGCUCGGCUAAUGGUGUAAUUAUCGUAUAUGACAUUACAAAACGGUCAACAUUUUUGUCCCUACAAAAAUGGAUUGAAGAAGUACGAAGGUAUACAUCAUCUAAUGUCAUAGUCUCGCUCAUCGGAAACAAAUGUGACCUCACGGACCAACGGGAAGUAGAGCCCGAUGAACCACAGUCCUUUUGCCGUUACGUACCGGAGAUCAUGUUUGUGAUGGAGACCUCUGCGAAGGAUAACACUAAUGUUGAAGAUACAUUCCGUAGCUUGGCUACAGAAUUAAAGAGACAACACGACAACAGCGAAGGUCCCCCGCAGGAGUCAGACUCCGUAGUCCUGGGAGAGAGCCACUCAGUGAGUAGGUGUCAACCUUGUCGGUCAUCCUAGUUCAAUAACCUUACGACCAAACAUUUUACACUUUUGUGUAAGUUAAGGCUCUUGCUCAUCUGAAGGAAGUUGCAUCGUCCUAUAAGAUAAUAGAGGGUGAACCACUGACUAAUCAUCAGUCCUUCUAGCCAAGUAGCGAAUGUAUGGAGACAAGUCACAGUCAGCUGACUUUUCUAAACGAAAUAUCCUUUAAUUACAUUUGAGUGUCAUUGACGUUUGCAGAAAUGUCACUUGGAUAGAGGGGUAGUUGUUUGUCACGUUUCAAUAACUGUACAUUCUAGCCCUACCCAAUUGAUGAUAUGCGACGCGUUUUCCGUCAGAUCUGUAAAAGUCCUUCAGGUGUUACCACACCAAUUGAUCAAGGCUCGAUUAAUGACACAGGUUAGUCGACAUCGAACCAUAGUUAUUCGAUCAAUCGAUAGUAAAAUAUUCGAUAAUAGAUCUGUUUCGUAUUUAGUGUUGCUAUGUGAACCUUUACUUCAAUGCUACCAUAAAAAUCGAUAAUUGAUUAAUAUCGAUUGCUCGACGAUUUGAUCAACCGAUUGGUCUAGUAACACCUUUACUGGGUGCUUUUGCACCUUAACUAAGGUGACUAUUUGUUUUGCCAUGUGAUUAUAGCUAUGCUUCAAGACUUUUAAAUCUUGUCACAAAGUUAUAUUUUUAUUUAAAUUAUGUUAAUGAUCUUAGCUAAUACAUUGUCGAUGAGAGGUGAUGCGUUAGUGUUGUACGUACAUUGAAUAGUAAUGUAGAGGAAGGAAAAAUCGUUUGUUGCAGUGUUAUUAUGUAGACAACAUAUCUCGUAUAUUGUAAAUUAUGUCAAUGUUUUAAUUGGUUAUUGUUAGGCCUUGAUAAAAUUCUAUAGGGCUUUUCAAAGACUAUGACCAACGGAGAAAUGGUGGCGAAGCUAAAUUGUACUUUCGUAUGGUAUCAAUGUAUGCAUCAACUAAACUCUGAACUUCGUAUUACUUUGUGAUCAAGACGCUUUUUAUGUUUUCCAUUUCGAGAUUAUUUAAAUUAUUCCUCAUUUAUGGUUAAUGUAGAUGACAUUUUGUGUAAAAUAUAAUUUCGGGACUAGAUAAAUGAAUAUGGCUUUAAGUUGUAAUAUUAAGAACUAAAAAGUAAGAAAACUCGUUGGUUUCUUUAGUGUUUAAAAAAAUAUAGAAAAAUCAGUUUCGGUAUUGUAAAUAAUUGUAGAUAAUUGUAUUAUUCGAACCACCUACCCGCUCGAGACUGAUUUGAGCCAUACAAUUAGUAUUGAAUGUUGUAACCAAGACCAUAGAUAUCUAUAAAUGUUGUACGUUAUCAUAAAUUUUUAAUAUACAGGGUGUACGCAUAAAUUUUUGCCAAUCAAUACGCAAUAAAAAUUAUUGCUUUCUGUAAGGAAGUCUUAAAGCUGUUCAAAUGAUAAAAUUGCGAAAUUCAUUCAUAUGAAAUACACCUUGUAUAUAACUUUAUUAGCACCUAUAAUAAUAUCAUAAUUUUGUAAGAACAUAAUGGAAUUGUAGAUGUGACGUCCAAUGAAUAUUCAAUUAAAUGUGUUUUAAAUGUUGAUUUAAAAAUGCUGUACGAAUAACGUAUAUUCCAUUUGUUUAAACACAACAAAAGUAAACAACCGGUCUUUUUGUAGAAAAACUUAGUUUUAAAAUAAAGAGCUACUAAAACCCAGUAUAAAACAACAAUGAAGAUUACCAAAUUAAAUAUAGCACUGAAUUAUAUCAGUCGUUUAUUUAUUCAAUUUUUAUGAAACGACACGCCAAGAUUGUUUUCCUUUUUUUGAGUACUUAAACCAGUGGAAUAUAAACCUAACCGAAUCGUCAUAUUAAAUGAAAUGUACGAGCAAUUUACAUCAACAUUGUACUAUUAAUUUAAUCAGUAGUUAAUAAAAUUGCUGUUAACACAGUCACUUUAUCAUGUACAGUAAUGACUAAUCUCUAAGGCUGAGGAUACAUUAGAUGGCGACGCGACCAGCGAACUUACGAAUGAUUUAAAUGAAUUAAAAUUCACGUUAAUCAGAGCGCGCAAUAUCACAAGUGAUACAUUGUUUUUUCGUUCAACACUUGUGUACCUACCUAAAAUUAGAAGCGAAUUUUUGACAAUUUAUAACUGGCACGAAAAGUAAAAUAUUGUUAGUAGAUAUGUUUACUAUUUUUCAUUAACGGCUAUAGAUGAUAUGUUUGUUUCUGUAUAUAUGAGUAAUUAAGCCAUGUUGUCGCCGAAUUUUCGUUAGCAAUGUACCCAUAUCAUAAUUAAGUCGUUUCGCGCGUUAGACGCAUCGCAAAUCGCUGGACACUGUAGCCUCGGCCUAAUUUGACUAAUCAUUUUAUCACUCGACACAGUCACCUGAGUUCACUAUGUCAAGUAGACAUGUUUUAAA